UUCUUCAAGAAAUCGUCAUUAGGGUUCAUAUAACAUAUGGGGAGUAACACUGAGCUUCAUUUUCUGUGGCUAUGGCGGAUUUUGUUGCUUAUGAUCGGCGUGGCUGGCACAAGUACGGUGAAGGGAGUUGAUGGACGAGGAAAUGCAGGUUGGCUUCAAGGCCACGCCACCUUCUACGGGGCCGACCAAAGUCCCGCUGCUAUGGGAGGGGCGUGUGGCUACGAUAACACAUUCCAUGCAGGCUUUGGGGCACACACGACGGCAUUGAGCACGGUGCUCUUCAGGGGUGGGGAGGCCUGUGGCGGCUGCUACCAAGUGGCAUGUGAUUACCAUCUUGACCCUAAGUGGUGCCUUAGGGCUGCUUCCGUCACCGUCACCGCCACCAAUUUCUGCCCUCCGAAUAACAACGGAGGAUGGUGUGACCCACCGCGUCAACAUUUCGAUAUGUCCGUGGCCGCUUUUCUGAGGAUUGCAAGGCCAGGCAAUGAAGGCAUCGUUCCCAUAAUAUAUAGAAGGGCAUCGUGCAAAAGAAGAGGUGGGUUGCAUUUCACCCUCAAAGGCCAAUCCAAUUUUCACAUGGUGAUGAUCUCGAAUGUCGGUGGCAGCGGAGAUGUUAAGGCCGUAUCGGUGAGGGGGUCGAGGACAAGGACGUGGGUGCCCAUGCACCGGAACUGGGGAGCGAACUGGCAGAGCAGCAUCGACCUUCGAGGUCAGAGAUUGUCUUUCAGGCUCACCCUAGUUGACGGGAUGACAAUGGAGUUUCUCAACAUCAUCCCAUCAUCAUGGAAGUUUGGCCAGACGUAUUCGUCGCGAUCUCAGUUCUCGUAAAAAGGCACACGGGAAAGGGGCUUCCUUUUCUUGGAUAAGUUGGUGAAUUUCAUUAGGCGAUAAGAGAAUAUAAAAGCCACUCAUCCAAGUACAAGGGAAGGCACUUCUUUGAUUAUAUAUACGGAAACCUAAUUUAUCCUUUUUGUUUGUUUUCGGUGAUCACAUAUAUAGAGAUUUGAAUGCCAAUAAUAUGGUUUCGUUGGGGAUGGUAUUAUUUUUGAAUUUGCCAUCUCCUAGCUCUAAUAUGUAGUUACAGGCACGAGUUUAUCUUGUAACUCAUAUAUAUAUAUAUAUAUAUUGUAUACCUCCCGAACUAAAAAAUAGGAGAUAUCAAUGUGCUUUUAAUGGA